CACACAUACAAACACACAGUGACAGAGAGAGGGGUAAGGAAAGAGAACAGCAAAGAAAGAGACAAUACGAGGAGAGGAAAUCUAAAAGUGAGAGAGACCGAGUAAGAGCAAAAGAGGAAUUGAGGAAGAAACAAGAUGCCCGUUGAUUUUGGUUUCAAGAAAAAAGGUCCUAAAAAACCUGAACCUGAACCGGAAUCAGAACCAGAAUCCAAACCAGAAUCCAAACCAGAACCAAAACCAGAACCAACCAUGUCUUACAGUCACACUGACUUUCCCACACCAUCUGUCCACCAUAUCACUGGCGGUGUAAGAGCUGGAAAACAAUUCAUAUUCAGUGGUUUUGCUCAAGAUGGAUGUGAUGGUUUUCAUAUCAACUUCACCACUGACUAUGACGGCAGUAGCAUCGCUUUCCAUUUCAACCCUCGAAUUGGGGAUGCCACUGUUGUCUGUAACUCUUAUGAUGAAGGAUGGGGUGAUGAAGUGAGGGAAUCUGAUAAAUUUCCUUUCUUUGAAAGACAACGUUUCACUCUAUGCAUUGUUGCUGAUGAAGAUGCCUUUAAAGUCUAUGUCAAUGGCACUCAUUUCCUGAACUUCUACCAUCGAAUGUCAUAUCAAGAUGUCAACUAUUUGGCCAUUGGUGAAGGUGUGGAACUAUAUGAAAUGAUCAUGAGGGAUUCCUUGAAAAUCCCAUACAUUGGUGAAAUAGCUGAUCAUAUGUCUAUAGGUAAAGCUAUAGAGAUCAAAGGAGUACCAACAUUUGACAAUGACAGCGGCACUGAUGCUGUAAGAUUUAGCAUCAACAUUUGUAGUGACCCGGAUGGAACAACAGGUCUUCAUCUAAACCCACGUCCUGAUCAGAAUUCUGUAGUUUUGAACCAUUAUGAUGGUGAUUGGGGUGAAGAAGAGGUGAUUUCAGACAACCCAUUCCACCCAUGGUCCAUGUUCAAGAUUAUGAUUGUUGCCAGCUAUGAUGGCUACCAAAUCUUUCUGAAUGACAACUACUUUGCGCUGUUUCCUUAUCGAUGCAGCAUAGAUUCCAUGAAGUAUCUCUACAUCCACGGUUGUGUUAGUAUUGCCUCUAUCAAUUACAUGAGACCUCUUCCAAUGGACUUCACAAAAGAAAUUCCAUCUGGAUUGCAAUACAAAGAUAUCAUUAAGGUGACUGGAUUUUUCACAACUGGAGAUAGGUUUGCGGUUAAUCUGAAAAGUGGUAAUGAAGUCCCUCUCCAUCUCAAUCCAAGACGAGAUCAGGGUGAAAUGGUUUUGAACUCUUAUACCGAUGGGGAGUGGGGCGAAGAAGAACGACAUCCAUUGCCUGUUGGUUUAUUGGAGGGUAUUCCUUUUGAAAUGAAGAUUAGAGUGAAAGAAGACAAACUAAAGAUUUAUAUAAAUGAAAAGUCAUAUGCAUCAUUCCAUGCUCGAAAACCAGUUGAAAGUAUCAACAGUAUUUCUUAUACUGGAGAAGUAUAUAUCUAUAAUAUGCAACUUCUUCGUCGUGUGGAAGUCCCUCAUAUUGAGAGGUUGCCAGGCACAUUGGCUGUGGAUCGCUGGAUCAAAAUUGGUGGUUCCGUGAGGAAACAUGCUGAAAGACUUGCUAUUAACUUGAAGUGUGAUGAUGAUAUUCUCCUGCAUCUUAAUCCUCGUCUAAGUGAAGAACAAGUAGUAUUAAAUCACUACUCUGAUGGUGAAUGGGGUGAGGAAGAAAGAACUUCAGAUUUCUUCCCUUUUAUGGGUUCUGAACCAUUCGAGCUUCUUAUAGGUUGCCAAGAAGAAUCUUUCAAGAUUUAUGUGAAUGGAAACUACUUGACUGAUUUUGCUCACCGACUGUCUUUUGUGUGCCAAGACUUGGAACUUUCUGGAGAUGCUCACUUCUUCCAUCCACAAUUUUAUUAAACCUGUUUGGCUUCAUAAACUUUUUAGUUUUAGUUUCAUACUAAAUACAUGUACAAUUUUUGAACAUAAAAAUGUGAAACUGGCAAAAUAUGUUUUUGAAAUUACAAAUUACCUGAAAUAUUAGCUUUAAUAACUCAAUUUA